AUGAUACGAACGACUUUCUUGUUCCUUGUCGUCUUCUUCGUCGCCGGGACUCUAGUACAGGCGCAGCUAGUUCCGCCGGCGAAGCGAGAUGGUUUCGUCUACCCACCUGGUCGUCGGGUUGACCCGGAUACUGUACUAAUUGAGAGUUUUUUUGACCCGGUUUGCGGGGACACGAGAGACGCUUGGCCUCCACUGAAGCAAGCUCUUGAACACUAUGGAUCUCGCGUUGCUCUGAUCAUUCACCUCCUUCCUUUACCUUACCAUGACAAUGCAUAUGUAGCUUCUCGGGCUUUACACAUUGUGAAUACUUUACACGCCAAUGCUACUUUCAGUUUGUUGGAAGGUUUCUUCAAACAUCAGGCAUUGUUCUCCAACGCCCAAACACAGCUUUUGUCAAGACCUGCGGUUGUCGACAAAAUAGUCAAGCUCGGAACAGUCACUUUGGGAAACUCAUAUGAACAUGUCCUCAAAUCCGGCUUCAGCGACUCAAAAUCAGACAUUGCAACCAAGGUUUCCUUCAAGUAUAGCGCUUCAAGAGGGGUAUAUGGAACACCAACCUUCUACGUUAAUGGUUUCGUACUCUCUGGUGCUGGUUCUCCUUUAGAUUUUGAAGGAUGGAGAAAAAUCAUUGAUCCACUGGUUAAACCACACGAGGUAGAGACACAAGAUAACACCGUUUCCUUCCUUUGA